AUGUAUGACAUCAACAAUUACCAUGGUGAUAUGGAGGUAGGAAAAUAGUCUACCAAUAUUGCUUUUUAAGUCAAGAGAAUAUGCUACAACAUUUUGGAUAAUCCUGGAAAUGUAGGUAAGCUGAUGUGGUCUGCCUUGAAGGAAAAGCAUAAAAUUGCCGUAUAGCAGUGGUUCCCAACCCAGCCCUCAACUACCCACUAACAGUCCAGGAUUUAUGGAUUACCCAGUUGUGUCUAAGGUGUUUUUAGAAAGAAAUGAAAAAACACUUUAAAGACAACAGGGUAACCCCUGAAUUCUGGAAUUGUAGACGGGACUAAACCUACAGCGGGUGAAACUGGUCAUCAUGCUUGGAUUGUUCCCUUAAAGUAAUCAGUUCAAUGUAGAGGGAAAUUUAGAACUAAAACUUUUUUUUUUUUUUAUAUAUCAUUCCAAAGUAAAGAGAAAAAAAAAAAUUAAAUUACGAGUGAAGGGAAGUAAAUAGCGUAUAGCUAAUUUUUUUCACCAUCUCCAAACGUUCACAUAUUUGAACACUUUUAAUUUAAAUAUCAAUAAUGAUUUUAUAUUUAAACAUAAUUAAACACAAACAUAUAGAUGAACUAAGGGUUACCACUAGAAAAAAUAUUUUAAUACAGUUUUGUGAUAAUUUUUAUAUUUUCCUCUAGUGACACAGAAAAUAUCAACAAGUUUAGAACCAUCAAGAACAUCAGAGAAAAUAACAACACAAAUACCAAGCACAACUCCAACACCUCCCACAACCACUAGCACAACAACGCCUACUCCUCAAAGUUCAACAACACAAACACCAAGCACAACUCCAACAUCUCCUACAACCACGAGCACAACUACCCCUACUCCUCCAAGUACCACAACACAAACACCAAGCACAACUCCAACACCUCCCACAACCACUAGCACAACUACCCCUACUUCUAUAAGUACAACUCCAGCACCUCCCACUAGCACAACUACGCCUACUCCUCCAAGCACAACUCCAACACCUCCCACAACCACUAGCACAACUACCCCCACUCCUCAAAGUUCAACAACACAAACACCAAGCACAACUCCAACACCUCCAACAACCACUAGCACAACUACCCCUACUCCUCCAAGUACCACAACACAAACACCUCCCACAACCACUAGUACAACUACCCCUACUUCUAUAAGUACAACUCCAGUACCUCCCACAACCACUAGCACAACUACCCCCACUCCUCAAAGUUCAACAACACAAACACCAAGCACAACUCCAACACCUCCAACAACCACUAGCACAACUACCCCUACUACUCCAAGUACCACAACACAAACACCUCCCACAACCACUAGUACAACUACCCCUACUUCUAUAAGUACAACUCCAGUACCUCCCACAACCACUAGCACAACUACCCCCACUCCUCAAAGAUCAACAACACAAACACCAAGCACAACUCCAACACCUUCAACAUCCACUAGCACAACUACCCCCACACCUCCAAAUACCACAACUCCAACACCUCCCACAACCACUAGCACAACAAUCACCACACCUCCAACUACCACAACACAGACACCAAGCACGACUCCAACACCUCCCACAACUACAAGCACAACUACGCCUAAUCCUCAAAGUUCAACAACACAAACACCAAGAACAACUCCAACAUCUCCUACAACCACGAGCACAACUAUCCCUACUACUCCAAGUACCACAACACGAACACCUCCCACAACCACUAGCACAACUACCCCUACUUCUAUAAGUACAACUCCAACACCUCCCACAAUCACUAGCACAACUACCCCCACUCCUCGAAGUUCAACAACACAAACACCAAGCACAACUCCAACACCUUCAACAUCCACAAGCACAACUACCCCUACACCUCCAAGUACCACAACACAUAGACCAAGCACAACUUCAACACCACCCACAACCACUAGCACAACUACCCCCACACCUCCAAGUACCACAACUCCAACACCUACAACAACCACUAGCACAACUAUCACCACACCUCCAACUACCACAACACAAACACCAAGCACGACUCCAACACCUCCCACAACCACUAGCACAACUACACCUACUCCUCCAAGUUCAACAACACAAACACCAAGCACAACUCCAACACCUCCAACAACAACUAGCACAACUACCCCUACUCCUCCAAGUACCACAACGCGAACACCUCCCACAACCACUAGCACAAGUACCCCCACUCCUCAAAGUUCAACAACACAAACACCAAGCACAACUCCAACUCCUCCAACAACAACUAGCACAACUACCCCCACACCUCCAAGUACAACACAAACACCAAGCACAACUUCAACACCUCCCACAACCACUAGCACAACUACCCCCACUCCUCCAAGUACCAAAACACGAACACCUCCCACAACCACUAGCACAACUACCCACACUCCUCAAAGUUCAACAACACAAACACCAAGCACAACUCCAACACCUCCAACAACCACUAGCACAAUUACCCCUACUCCUCCAAGUACCACAACACAAACACCUCCCACAACCACUAGCACAACUACCCCCACUCCUCAAAGUUCAACAACACAAACACCAAGCACAACUCCAACUCCUACAACAACAACAACUAGCACAACUACCCCCACACCUCCAAGUACAACACAAACACCAAGCACAACUCCAACACCUCCCACAACCACUAGCACAACUACCCCAACUCCUCCAAGUACAACUCCAACACCUCCAACAACCACUAGCACAACUACCCCCACUCCUCCAAGUACCACAACACGAACACCUCCCACAACCACUAGCACAACUACCGCCACUCCUCAAAGUUCAACAACACAAACACCAAGCACAACUCCAACACCUCCAACAACAACUAGCACAACUACCCCUACUCCUCCAAGUACCACAACACGAACACCUCCCACAACCACUAGCACAACUACCCCCACUCCUCAAAGUUCAACAACACAAACACCAAGCACAACUCCAACUCCUCCAACAACAACUAGCACAACUACCCCCACACCUCCAAGUACAACACAAACACCAAGCACAACUCCAACACCUCCCACAACCACUAGCACAACUACCCCUACUCCUCCAAGUACCUCAACACGAACACCUCCCACAACCACUAGAACAACUACCCCCACUCCUCAAAGUUCAUCAACACAAAUACCAAGCACAACUCCAACACCUCCAACAACAACUAGCACAACUACUCCCACACCUCCAAGUACCACAACACGAACACCUCCCACAACCACUAGCACAACUACCCCAACUCCUCCAAGUACAACUCCAACAACUCCAACAACCACUAGCACAUCUACCCCUACUCCUCCAAGUACAACAACACGAACAACUCCCACAACCACUAGCACAACUACCGCCACUCCUCAAAGUUCAACAACACAAACACCAAGCACAACUCCAACACCUCCAACAACAACUAGCACAACUACCCCUACUCCUCCAAGUACCACAACACGAACACCUCCCACAACCACUAGCACAACUACCCCCACUCCUCAAAGUUCAACAACACAAACACCAAGCACAACUCCAACUCCUCCAACAACAACUAGCACAACUACCCCCACACCUCCAAGUACAACACAAACACCAAGAACAACUCCAACACCUCCCACAACCACUAGCACAACUACCCCCACUCCUCCAAGUACCACAACACGAACACCUCCCACAACCACUAGCACAACUACCCCCACUCCUCAAAGUUCAACAACACAAACACCAAGCACAACUCCAACACCUCCAACAACAACUAGCACAACUACCCCUACUCUUUCAAGUACCACAACACGAACACCUCCCACAACCACUAGCACAACUACCGCCACACCUCAAAGUUCAACAACACAAACACCAAGCACAACUCCAACACCUCCAACAACAACUAGCACAACUACCCCUACUCCUCCAAGUACCACAACACGAACACCUCCCACAACCACUAGCACAACUACCCCCACUCCUCAAAGAUCAACAACACAAACACCAAGCACAACUCCAACACCUCCAACAACAACUAGCACAACUACCCCCACACCUCCAAGUACAACAACACAAACACCAAGCACAACUCCAACACCUCCAACAACAACUAGCACAACUACCCCCACACCUCCAAGUACAACAACACAAACACCAAGCACAACUCCAACACCUCCCACAACCACUAGCACACCUACCUCUACUCUUCCAAGUACAACUCUAACACCUCCAACUAUAACUAGCACAAGUACCCCUACUCCUCCAAGUACCACAACACAUACACCAAGCACAACGCCAACACCUCCCACAACCACUAGCACAACUACCCCAACUCCUCCAACUACAACUCCAACACCUCCAACAACAACUAGCACAACUACCCCUACUCCUCCAAGUACUACAACACAUACACCAAGCACAACCACUAGCAGAACUACCCCCACUCCUCAAAGUUCAACAACACAAACACCAAGCACAACUCCAACACCUCCCACAACCACUAGCACAACUACCCCUACUCCUCCAAGUACCACAACACGAACACCUCCAACAACCACUAGCACAACUACCCCCACUCCUCAAAGUUCAACAAUACAAACACCAAGCACAACUACAACUCCUCCAACAACAACUAGCACAACUACCCCCACACCUCCAAGUACAACACAAACACCAAGCACAACUCCAACACCUCCCACAACCACCAGCACAACUACACCUAACCUCCAAGUACCACAACACCUAACACCUCCCACAAACCACUCACAAUAACUACCCCCACUCCUCAAAGUUCAACAACACAAACACCAAGCACAACUCCAACCUCCAACAACAACUAGCACAACCACCCCACACCUCCAAGUACAACACAAAACACCAAGCACAACCCAACACCCUCCCACAACCACUCAGCACACAACCACCCCAACUCCUCAAAGUUCAACAACACAAACACCAAGCAGAACCCAACCUCCAACAACAACUAGCACAACUACCCCCACACCUCCAACUACAACACAAACACCAAGCACAACUCCAACACCUCCCACAACCACUAGCACAACUACCCCCACUCCUCCAAGUACCACAACACGAACACCUCCCACAACCACUAGCACAACUACCCCCACUCCUCAAAGUUCAACAAUACAAACACCAAGCACAACUACAACUCCUCCAACAACAACUAGCACAACUACCCCCACACCUCCAAGUACAACACAAACACCAAGCACAACUCCAACACCUCCCACAACCACUAGCACAACUACCCCAACUCCUCAAAGUUCAACAACACAAACACCAAGCACAACUCCAACUCCUCCAACAACAACUAGCACAACUACCCCCACACCUCCAAGUACAACACAAACACCAAGCACAACUCCAACACCUCCCACAACCACUAGCACAACUACCCCAACUCCUCAAAGUUCAACAACACAAACACCAAGCAGAACUCCAACUCCUCCAACAACAACUAGCACAACUACCCCCACACCUCCAAGUACAACACAAACACCAAGCACAACUCCAACACCUCCCACAACCACUAGCACAACUACCCCAACUCCUCCAAGUACAACUCCAACAACUCCAACAACCACUAGCACAUCUACCCCUACUCCUCCAAGUACAACAACACGAACACCUCCCACAACCACUAGCACAACUACCGCCACUCCUCAAAGUUCAACAACACAAACACCAAGCACAACUCCAACACCUCCCACAACAACUAGCACAACUACCCCUACUCCUCCAAGUACCACAACACCUCCCACAACCACUAGCACAACUACCCCCACUCCUCAAAGUUCAACAACACAAACACCAAGCACAACUCCAACUCCUCCAACAACAACCAGCACAACUACCCCACACCUCCAAGUACAACACAAACACCAAGCACAACACCAACACCUCCCACAACCACUAGCAGCACAACCACCCCAACUCCUCCAACUACAACCCAACACCUCCAACAACAACCAGCACAAUACCACCCUACUCCACCGGGGCUACUACAACACAUACACCAAGCACAACCACUAGCACAACUACCCCCACUCCUCAAAGUUCAACAACACAAACACCAAGCACAACUCCAACACCUCCCACAACCACUAGCACAACUACCCCUACUCCUCCAAGUACCACAACACGAACACCUCCCACAACCACUAGCACAACUACCCCAACUCCUCCAAGUACAACUCCAACAACUCCAACAACCACUAGCACAUCUACCCCUACUCCUCCAAGUACAACAACACGAACACCUCCCACAACCACUAGCACAACUACCGCCACUCCUCAAAGUUCAACAACACAAACACCAAGCACAACUCCAACACCUCCAACAACAACUAGCACAACUACCCCUACUCCUCCAAGUACAACUCCAACAACUCCAACAACCACUAGCACAUCUACCCCUACUCCUCCAAGUACAACAACACGAACACCUCCCACAACCACUAGCACAACUACCGCCACUCCUCAAAGUUCAACAACACAAACACCAAGCACAACUCCAACACCUCCAACAACAACUAGCACAACUACCCCUACUCCUCCAAGUACCACAACACGAACACCUCCCACAACCACUAGCACAACUACCCCCACUCCUCAAAGUUCAACAACACAAACACCAAGCACAACUCCAACUCCUCCAACAACAACUAGCACAACUACCCCCACACCUCCAAGUACAACACAAACACCAAGCACAACUCCAACACCUCCCUUAACCACUAGCACAACUACCCCAACUCCUCCAAGUACAACUCCAACAACUCCAACAACCACUAGCACAACUACCCCUACUCCUCCAAGUACCACAACACGAACACCUCCCACAACCACUAGCACAACUACCCCCACUCCUCAAAGUUCAACAACACAAACACCAAGAACAACUCCAACACCUCCCACAACCACUAGCACAACUACCCCAACUCCUCCAACUACAACUCCAACACCUCCAACAACAACUAGCACAACUACCCCUACUCCUCCAAGUACUACAACACAUACACCAAGCACAACCACUAGCAGAACUACCCCCACUCCUCAAAGUUCAACAAUACAAACACCAAGCACAACUCCAACACCUCCCACAACCACUAGCACAACUACCCCUACUCCUCCAAGUACCACAACACGAACACCUCCCACAACCACUAGCACAACUACCCCCACUCCUCAAAGUUCAACAACACAAACACCAAGCACAACUCCAACUCCUCCAACAACAACUAGCACAACUACCCCCACACCGCCAAGUACAACACAAACACCAAGCACAACUCCAACACCUCCCACAACCACUAGCACAACUACCUCAACUCCUCCAAGUACAACUCCAACAACUCCAACAACCACUAGCACAUCUACCCCUACUCCUCCAAGUACAACAACACGAACACCUCCCACAACAACUAGCACAACUACCGCCACUCCUCAAAGUUCAACAACACAAACACCAAGCACAACUCCAACACCUCCAACAACAACUAGCACAACUACCCCUACUCCUCCAAGUACCACAACACGAACACCUCCCACAACCACUAGCACAACUACCCCCACUCCUCAAAGUUCAACAACACAAACACCAAGCACAACUCCAACUCCUCCAACAACAACUAGCACAACUACCCCCACACCUCCAAGUACAACACAAACACCAAGCACAACUCCAACACCUCCCACAACCACUAGCACACCUACCUCUACUCUUCCAAGUACAACUCGAACACCUCCAACAAUAACUAGCACAAGUACCCCUACUCCUCCAAGUACCACAACACAAACACCAAGCACAACUCCAACACCUCCAACAACCACUAGCACAACUACCCCAACUCCUCCAAGUACAACUCCAACACUUCCAACAACCACUAGAACAACUACCCCUACUUCUCCGAGUACCACAACACGAACACCUCCCACAACCACUAGCACAACUACCCCCACUCCUCCAAGUUCAACAACACAAACACCAAGCUCAACUCCAACACCUCCCACAACCACUAGCACAACUACCCCAACUCCUCCAAUUACAACUCCAACACCUCCAACAACCACUAGAACAACUACCCCUACUUCUCCGAGUACCACAACACGAACACCUCCCACAACCACUAGCACAACUACCCCCACUCCUCCAAUUUCAACAACACAAACACCAAGCUCAACUCCAACACCUCCCACAACCACUAGCACAACUACCCCAACUCCUCCAAGUACAACUCCAACACCUCCAACAACCACUAGAACAACUACCCCCACAUCUCCAAGUUCAACAACACAAACACCAAGCUCAACUCCAACUCCUCCAACAACAACUAGCACAACUACCCCCACACCUCCAAGUACAACACAAACACCAAGCACAACUCCAACACCUCCCACAACCUCUAGCUCAACUACCCCAACUCCUCCAACUACAACUCCAACACCUCCAACAACAACUAGCACAACUACCCCUACUCCUCCAAGUACUACAACACAUACACCAAGCACAACCACUAGCACAACUACCCCCUCUCCUCAAAGUUCAACAACACAAACACCAAGCACAACUCCAACACCUCCCACAACCACUGGCACAACUACCCCUACUCCUCCAAGUACCACAACACCUCCCACAACCACUAGCACAACUACCCCCACUCCUCAAAGUUCAACAACACAAACACCAAGCACAACUCCAACUCCUCCAACAACAACUAGCACACCUACCUCUACUCUUCCAAGUACAACUCAAACACCUCCAACAAUAACUAGCACAAGUACCCCUACUCCUCCAAGUACCACAACACAUACACCAAGCACAACUCCAACAACUCCAACAACCACUAGCACAACUACCCCUACUCCUCCAAGUACCACAACACGAACACCUCCCACAACCACUAGCACAACUAACCCCACUCCUCAAAGUUCAACAACACAAACACCAAGCACAACUCCAACUUCUCCAACAACAACUAGCACAAUUACCCCCACUCCUCCAAUUACUACAACACAAACACCAAGCACAACUCCAACAACAAUUGGCAUAAUCACCCCCACUCCUCCAAGUACUACAACACAAACACCAAGCACAACUCCAACACCUCCCACAACCACUAGAACAACUACCCCUACUUCUCCAAGUACCACAACACGAACACCUCCCACAACCACUAGCACAACUACCCCCACUCCUGCAAGUUCAACAACACAAACACCAAGCUCAACUCCAACACCUCCCACAACCACUAGCACAACCACCCCAACUCCUCCAAGUACAACUCCAACACCUCCAACAACCACUAGCACAACUACCCCUACUCCUCCAAGUACCACAACACGAACACCUCCCACAACCACUAGCACAACUACCCCCACUCCUCAAAGUUCAACAACACAAACACCAAGCACAACUCCAACUCCUCCAACAACAUCUAGCACAACUACCCCCACUCCUCCAAGUUCAACAACACAAACACCAAGCUCAACUCCAACACCUCCCACAACCACUAGCACAACUACCCCAACUCCUCCAAGUACAACUCCAACACCUCCAACAACCACUAGAACAACUACCCCUACUUCUCCGAGUACCACAACACGAACACCUCCCACAACCACUAGCACAAGUACCCCCACUCCUCAAAGUUCAACAACACAAACACCAAGCUCAACUCCAACACCUCCCACAACCACUAGCACAACUACCCCAACUCCUCCAAGUACAACUCCAACACCUCCAACAACCACUAGCACAACUACCCCUACUCCUCCAAGUACCACAACACGAACACCUCCCACAACCACUAGCACAACUACCCUCACUCCUCAAAGUUCAACAACACAAACACCAAGCACAACUCCAACUCCUCCAACAACAACUAGCACAACUACCCCCACACCUCCAAGUACAACACAAACACCAAGCACAACUCCAACACCUCCCACAACCUCUAGCACAACUACCCCAACUCCUCCAACUACAACUCCAACACCUCCAACAACAACUAGCACCACUACCCCUACUCCUCCAAGUACUACAACACAUACACCAAGCACAACCACUAGCACAACUACCCCCACUCCUCAAAGUUCAACAACACAAACACCAAGCACAACUCCAACACCUCCCACAACAACUAGCACAACUACCCCUACUCCUCCAAGUACCACAACACCUCCCACAACCACUAGCACAACUACCCCCACUCCUCAAAGUUCAACAACACAAACACCAAGCACAACUCCAACUCCUCCAACAACAACUAGCACAACUACCCCCACACCGCCAAGUACAACACAAACACCAAGCACAACUCCAACACCUCCCACAACCACUAGCACAACUACCUCAACUCCUCCAAGUACAACUCCAACAACUCCAACAACCACUAGCACAUCUACCCCUACUCCUCCAAGUACAACAACACGAACACCUCCCACAACAACUAGCACAACUACCGCCACUCCUCAAAGUUCAACAACACAAACACCAAGCACAACUCCAACACCUCCAACAACAACUAGCACAACUACCCCUACUCCUCCAAGUACCACAACACGAACACCUCCCACAACCACUAGCACAACUACCUCCACUCCUCAAAGUUCAACAACACAAACACCAAGAACAACUCCAACUCCUCCAACAACAUCUAGCACAACUACCCCCACACCUCCAAGUACAACACAAACACCAAGCACAACUCCAACACCUCCCACAACCACUAGCACAACUACCCCCACUCCUCCAAGUACCACAACACGAACACCUCCCACAACCACUAGCACAACUACCCCCACUCCUCAAAGUUCAACAACACAAACACCAAGCACAACUCCAACACCUCCAACAACAACUAGCACAACUACCCCUACUCCUCCAAGUACCACAACACGAACAUCUCCCACAACAACUAGCACAACUACCGCUACUCCUCAAAGUUCAACAACACAAACACCAAGCACAACUCCAACACCUCCAACAACAACUAGCACAACUACCCCUACUCCUCCAAGUACCACAACACAAACACCAAGCACAACUCCAACUCCUCCAACAACAACUAGCACAAUUACCCCCACUCCUCCAAGUACUACAACACAAACACCAAGCACAACUCCAACAACAAUUGGCAUAAUCACCCCAACUCCUCCAAGUACUACAACACAAACACCAAGCACAACUCCAACACCUCCCACAACCACUAGCACAACUACCCCAACUCCUCCAAGUACAACUCUAACACCUCCAACAACCACUAGAACAACUACCCCUACUUCUCCAAGUACCACAACACGAACACCUCCCACAACCACUAGCACAACUACCCCCACUCCUCCAAGUUCAACAACACAAACACCAAGCUCAACUCCAACACCUCCCACAACCACUAGCACAACUACCCCAACUCCUACAAGUACAACUCCAACACCUCCAACAACCACUAGCACAACUACCCCUACUCCUCCAAGUACCACAACACGAACACCUCCCACAACCACUAGCACAACUACCCCCACUCCUCAAAGUUCAACAACACAAACACCAAGCACAACUCCAACUCCUCCAACAACAACUAGCACAACUACCCCCACACCUCCAAGUACAACACAAACACCAAGCACAACUCCAACACCUCCCACAACCUCUAGCACAACUACCCCAACUCCUCCAACUACAACUCCAACACCUCCAACAACAACUAGCACAACUACCCCUACUCCUCCAAGUACUACAACACAUACACCAAGCACAACCACUAGCACAACUACCCCCACUCCUCAAAGUUCAACAACACAAACACCAAGCACAACUCCAACACCUCCCACAACCACUAGCACAACUACCCCUACUCCUCCAAGUACCUCAACACGAACACCUCCCACAACCACUAGAACAACUACCCCCACUCCUCAAAGUUCAUCAACACAAAUACCAAGCACAACUCCAACACCUCCAACAACAACUAGCACAACUACUCCCACACCUCCAAGUACAACACAAACACCAAGCACAACUCCAACACCUCCCACAACCACUAGCACAACUACCCCAACUCCUGCAAGUACAACUCCAACAACUCCAACAACCACUAGCACAUCUACCCCUACUCCUCCAAGUACCACAACACGGACACCUCCCACAACCACUAGCACAACUACCGCCACUCCUGAAAGUUCAACAACACAAACAACAAGCACAACUCCAACACCUCCAACCACCACUAGCACAACUACCCCCACUCCUCCAAGUACCACAACACAAACACCUCCCACAACAACUAGCACAAGUACCCCUACUCCUCCAAGUACCACAACACAUACACCAAGCACAACUCAAACACCUCCCACAACCACUAGCACAACUACCCCUACUCCUCAAAGUUCAACAACACAAACACCGAGCACAACUCCAACACGUCCCACAACCACUAGCACAACUACCCCUACUCCUCCAAGUACAACUCCAACUUCUCCAACAACCACUAGCACAACUACCCCUACUCCUCCAAGUACCACAACACGAACACCUCCCACAACCACUAGCACAACUACCCCUACUCCUCAAAGUUCAACAACACAAACACCAAGCACAACUCCAACUCCUCCAACAACAACUAGCACAACUACCCCCACACCUCCAAGUACAACACAAACACCAAGCACAACUCCAACACCUCCCACAUCCACUAGCACAACUACCCCCACACCUCCAAGUACAACACAAACACCAAGCACAACUCCAACACCUCCAACAACCACUAGCACAACUACCCCUACUCCUCAAAGUUCAACAACACAAACACCAAGCACAACUCCAACACCUCCAACAACAACUAGCACAACUACCUCUACUCCUCCAAGUACCACAACACGAACACCUCCCACAACCACUAGCACAACUACCCCCUCUCCUCAAAGUUCAACAACACAAACACCAAGCACAACUCCAACACCUCCAACAACAACUAGCACAACUACCCCCACACCUCCAAGUACAACAACACAAACACCAAGCACAACUCCAACACCUCCCACAACCACUAGCACACCUACCUCUACUCUUCCAAGUACAACUCUAACACCUCCAACAAUAACUAGCACAAGUACCCCUACUCCUGCAAGUACCACAACACAUACACCAAGCACAACUCCAACACCUCCAACAACCACUAGCACAACUACCCCUACUCCUCCAAGUACCACAACACGAACACCUCCCACAACCACUAGCACAACUACCCCUGCUCCUCAAAGUUCAACAACACAAACACCAAGCACAACUCCAACUCCUCCAACAACAACUAGCACAAUUACCCCCCCUCCUCCAAGUACUACAACACAAACACCAAGCACAACUCCAACACCUCCAACAACAAUUGGCAUAAUCACCCCCACUCCUCCAAGUACUACAAUACAAACACCAAGCACAACUCCAACACCUCCCACAACCACUAGCACAACUUCCCCAACUCCUCCAAGUACAACUCCAACACCUCCAACAAACACUAGAACAACUACCCCUACUUCUCCAAGUACCACAACACGAACACCUCCCACAACCACUAGCACAACUACCCCCACUCCUCCAAGUACAUCAACACAAACACCAAGCACAACUCCAACACCUCCCACAACCACUAGCACAACUACCCCCACACCUCCAAGUACCACAACACAAACACCAAGCACAACUCCCACAACCACUAGCACAACUAUCCCCACACCUCUAAGUACAACAACACAAACACCAAGCACAACUCCAACACCUCCCACAACCACUAGCACAACUACCCCAACUCCUCCAAGUACAACUCCAACACCUCCCACAACCACUAGCACAACUACCUCUUCUCCUCCAAGUACAACUCCAACACCUCCAACAACCACUAGCACAACUACCCCUACUCCUCCAAGUACCACAACACAAACACCAAGCACAACUCCAACACCUCCAACAACCACAGUCUCUACCCCUACAACAAUCAAAACUCACUCACUUAGUACUUCUGCCAUACACAUAAGUUAUCCAUCAUCUACUUAUGAAACACCUAAUAUUAUAUCGCCCUCCUCAAUAACACCAGUUUCUCAAGAAAUUGGAUCUUCAACAACUUUUUCAGGUAAGUUUUAUAACUAUUGGUAAGUAACUUGACUCUACAAAAUACUUUUUAAUUUGUGUUCUAGUUAUUUCUAGUUUUAGAUGUGUCAAACAUGGUAAUACUUUGAAUGUAUUGUAAUGUUUGGGAAUUACAGAGUUAGUAAUUUGCACACCUUACAGUAGGUUUCUUCAAUAGAAGUUCUAAAAAUAUAGGAUUUAUAUAGUGCAGUUACUGAGAGUUCUAAGGUCAAAUUCAAUAAGAUUCAUAACUGAUCAAUCCAACUAUGAUCAGGAAAAACAUAAUAGCAAACAGAGCAUACAUCGAUUCCAAAAUACAGCUUCUUUAUUUUAAAGAUGAGCAAGUCUUCACGUAUGCAUCCUCACCAUCAGUGUUGACAUUAAAAUGUCUUACAAGACUGUGCUAUGAAGAUAUAUCCUAUAUGUGAAAAGUUAUUUUGCUGUUAGAGGAGACUUGGAGGGUGUUUAAGUACCAUUUAACACAUCUGACAGAGAUUGUAUGCUUAACCUCUUCCUCGGGGAAACAUGCAUGUCAUUGGUAUCCAAGAAUACCCUCUCCAAAAUCUUAAAUUCCAGAUAUGUCCAUCAAGUGGUUUACCACUAUGGUAAUGGAUAAAAGCAUUUAAUCAAUUUGAAGCAUGGACAAAAAACCUGUUCAAUUGAACAUUCCUCAUGUAACUGCUCCAUUCACUUUCUAAUGGUGUCCCCAAGUACACCAUAUGGCAGUGAAAAUUCAAUGUCCAGAUAAUCAUGGACACGAUAUGGCUGUAGAAAAAAAAAAAUACAAUCAGAAAAUAUAUUGGCCAGUGAUAGUAUUAACCCUUUAAGGACACAUGACAUGUGUGACAUGUCAUGAUUCAUUUUUAUUCCAGAAGUUUGGUCCUUAAGGGGUUAAUAGUGAGAUGCAAUAGUGGAUACAGCUAACACCUAUUUAUUUUUACUGUAUAAGUAUACAAAUUCCCACUCGUUGACCAAUGCAGCUGUCACCAAAAUGCACUUGGUACAAUCCUUGUCUGAAAGGCACACAAUUUGGAGCAAUUCGUGGAUAUAUAUGAUGAUCUACCAUGUAAAGUAAGAAUACCCCAAUAAGUAUACUGAGCAAAAUAAUGCUUUGGAAGCAGCGGUGCAUGCAUGGUCAUCAACACAUGUGACAGUACUCUAUAUGCAGACCACAAAAUAAAGUAUCCAUAAUUUGUAAUGAACAUCAUAAAAUGAUGCUUCUGGGUAUUGCAAGCAGAUUCAACAGCUGAAUUAAGAGCCAAGCAAACUUUGGCAAAGAGAAAGUGAAUGCAUAUGUGGUUUGUUCUCUGCUCGCUUGCUGGACUAUUACAAUGCUGAGUAGAAGUUCACAUUAAUCUGUUAAUCACAGCAAUAGUAUGCACAGAACAAGAUGCAAAAGUAGUACUCUUCUUUGACAUCAUAGCUCAUUGGACAUAGAAUUUUAUUUCUGUAAAAAAAAAAAUAUAUCCUUGUACCUUAUUUAUGGGCUGCCAUUCUGCUAGAAUUAAAUGUGUCAAAUGUGUAAUUUAAAAAAAAACUUGUUAUCUUUCCUUGACUGAAUACUCAACCUUCUAUGUCAAUUCAGGACAACAGAACACCUAUCACCCCAAGCACCUUAGCUCUCUAGUUACUUUAUAUGCACAUCACAGCUAGCGCGCCUCCAAAUUAUGUAGCUACUUACCUCUAACACUUUCAACAAUAUGGUUCCUUCACACACCACUUUAUCAAGCUUAAUUAGGCAGACACUGUAGCUGGACUUCCAACAGUUCCCCUUCAACUGGAUUGUCUUGGUUUUGAGGUCCUGUCCUGUCCUGUCCCGCUUUAGUUCCUUGGUGUCCAUCAUCUGGGGACAAGAGGGAACUGUCCACAGACAGCACAUUAUUAAAUGUGCUUGUGCUGUGCACCGAGCACUAUUGUCAUGCAAGGAACAGUUCAGCAGCACUCUCUCUAUGGCCCUAAAGGCUGGGGUGCAGCAUGGCAGGCUGUCAAUUGGUGGACGCUGCCAGUUAUAGGUGGGCCCCACCCUUUUCUAGACUGACCCGCCCCUUUUCUAGGCAGGACUGUCCCUUUUCCAGAUGUGCCCACCCAUUAUAGGAAUUGCACUCUGCAGCCCACCCAUGAGUUGCACUUUCCAGUCUUUUUUCAGGCUCAAAUCCUUCUAGAUUGUAAGCUCAUUUGAGCAGGGCUCUCUUUUAUUUGGUAUCUACUAUGUUGUCUGUCAAGGGCUUGCUGUUAUAUAUCCCUACUGUAUUAUCGUAAAGCACUGGAAAAUAUGUUGGCACUAUAUAAAUGUUAAUAUUGUUUCUCAGUGAUAGCCACCAGAAUUGCAAUUUGAAAGAAUUCAUGAAAUGUCACAAAUUCUAAGUGCAACUCAUUUUUUUCAAUAUCACUUUUUAAGAUAUUUAGAUAAAUGCUGACAGUGUAAGAGUCAAUUUACUGUGCAUGUCUACAAACAGCUAAUCUAAGAGUUAUUGCUAAUAGUAAAUUCUAAAACGUCUAUUUAGGGAAUCAUGAUUUUAGAAAUGGCACAUUGUAUGUGUCAUGAACUGAAAUCUGUAGGUAAAUAUAAGACUAUGUGUAGACUAAAUCAAUUUGUCAGAAUCUGAAGUAUAUCACUGAACUUUUACAACAUAUUCAUUUUUAAUAGCAUGUAAUGUAGGACAUUUUGAAAAUCAGUAUUGACAAUGCCUUAUAUAAACAAUUAACCAUGGUAUGGUCAGCCUAUUUUGGGGUAUGUAAGGAUGUUAUCACUAUAUGACUAUGUUUUUUUGUUUAUACAGAAACUAUUGCACCUGAAACAGCUUCUACAUCUGCAACAUUCACUUCUCCAUUGACAAGCUCAUCAACCACGCCAGUGACUACAACCUUCCUCACUUCCACACCUACUCCAGUACCUGCCACAUCCACCCCUCCAAAUACAUUUACUACGCAUUUUUUCGCAUCUACUCCUACUCCAAUACCUGCCACAUCUAGCCCACCGAUCACCACCCUACCUAGCAGUACAACUGUCACACCAACAUCAAUGAUUGUAACAAGUUCUUCAAUACCAAUUACUACACCUUUAACAACCACCACCACAUCUAUAGCAAACUCUACCAUAAUAAGCUCCACUAUAUCUGUGUCUACACCUAUAACACUCACACCUACCACAACACAAACUUCCACUGUAACUACACAACCAGAAACCACAAAAACAACCUAUCACUCCACAACCACAUCUGCCACUGCCUUUAGCACUGUCAACAUUACCUCCCCUUCUACCAUCCCAACCACAACCCACCAUGGUAAGGAAAUUGUAUAUUGUUUGUGGGUUUAAAUUUAAAAUGGCUAUAGCAGAGAGCUCCUUCAAUGUUCUUUUUAUGUUAUAACAUGGCUAAAACAGAGGUGGUUAAAGCACCCUUCUAACACUUGUUCUUUGUUACCUUGUAGAUACUUAUAAUGCAUGUGUUUGCCUACCUCUAACAAGAAAACGACACAUUCCAGCAUAGUCUGUCCAAUUAAAAUUUGGCAUGUCUUUCACAUUUCACAAUAUGUUUCAAGAGUGUGAUACCAUCACAUACAUGCCUUGGAACUAAUGUCCAUAGUGUACCAUUCAGAAAUUCAAACAAGAACGACCAAACAGCUGAUGUUUAUUAUGUUUAUAUAAAAUUGUCUGAAAUAGGUCCAAUUGACCACAUUUUGUUUUAGACAUGUACUCUUGUUAUAUGGGAGAAGUACAGCGCUGCGGAAUUUGUUGGCGCUAUAUCCUCCUGAGAUCCAGCCCAUUAAUUUGUGUCCUCUAUACUUGGCAUUUCGUUCACAUGCAUCUCCUUCUAUUCUUUUGAGCUAGUCUAUCAAUCCCUGCUGUAUUGUAAAGAGGACAUCCUGGGCUUUCCAGUGAUAUGUAAUGUGAUAGGUUGGGAUGCUGGGAACUUCCUAUACCUUUUCAUCAAAAUUCAUCAGAAAUUAGAAACAAGUUUUUUGCUAGCUUCCCAGGAGGAUAUAAAUAAUAAUAAUAAUAAUAAUAAUAAUAAUAAUAAUAAUAAUAAUAAUAUGUGAAACCAAAAAAAAGCAAAAAAACACCUACUACAGACACUUUUUUUUUUUUACAUGUUUUAAGAAUUUGUAUGUUACUAAAAUUCAGUUUUUCUUCUCUAAAAGAAAAAGACGAAACUAUAUCUACAACCCCACCAGGAACAGGUAAUUUGAGUUUCUGAUUAACUAAGUAAUAAAAUGACUCAUGUUCAAGAGAAUUGCCAGGGUAAUUUGUUUGUUUACGGAGUAUGGUUGUAUGUGUAAUCGAUCAGUUAUCCUGUAGAUAAACAGAAUUGGCAGGGAUUUCUCUAGUUGUCACAGAACCUGAAGUCUCAGAUUCUUCACUUUCAUAAAGUUAGUCUUUAAUAUGGCUGUGUGGAUUUUAUAUCAAAUGUCAAUGAGAAGAACGUGAACAUAACUGUAAGGAGUUCAGACUGACCAUGAAAUACAUGGCACUGAUAAUGUAUCGUUAAAACAUCUAUAAAAGUGCCAUGAUGUCUUUUCUAUGAAUGACGGACCUUUGGAUGCAUAGCUCUACAUGGUGGAACUGUGGCAGUCAAAGCUCCCAUACAACAGGGACCAUUACAGCUAGAUGGUUAUAUGACUGGCAUCAUAAAAAUAAAUAAAAUAGUGUGUGUGUUUACAUUUACAUAUAGUGAUAUUGCUACUGCAAGGGAUUCUGGGUGGGCAUAUGCAAAUUAGUUCAACAAAGAAUCAAAUUUUUGCCUCAUUAUUCCAUUUUAAACAUGGAUUCCUUGGAGUUUGCUCAAUACAACAGCUUUGAAACACAAUUCAAGAGUGUCUGUGUGUAUGUAUCUCCACUAAUAUGGUUAAUCCAAUAUAUAUAUAUAUUGGAUUAACCAUAUUAGUCCAGCAGACAAGAUAUCAAAAUACUAGAGUAUUGAAGUAUGCAAUGAUACCUUUUUCUAUUGGACUAACAUAAUAUUUUAAAGACAAGCUUUCGAGAGUUUUCCUCUCUUCCUCAGGUCUGAACCAAUACUGAUCAAUCUGAUAGAGUUUAACACUUAAAACAACUGAUGUUAGAGGAGGUGAUGGAGAAGGUGAUGGAGGAGGGGUGAAUGGGGUGUCCAUAAGCUAGUUAAAAAUAAAAAAAAAGAGAGAAAAAAACAAGACAAACUGCAGAGCAGGGCAUGCAAGUACAUAGCUACAUAUAUGUAUGUAUAUAAAUUGAUCCAAUACAGGUGAAAUAAGAAUAUUGAAAAAGAACUAUAUGACAUUAAGAUGUGUGUUUAUAUAAAGUUUUUGUAGUGUGCGAGAAAGCCAGAGUCUACAUUAAGGCCUUAAUUUCUGGUGUUGAAAUGUGUGAUAAUUUUCAUGAACGACAGACAUUUGAGAUGAAAAUGAUCACACAUUUCAACACCAGAAAUUAAUGUAGACUCUGGCUUUCUCGCACACUACCAAAACAUUUUAUAAACACACAUCUUAAUGUCUUAUAUAGUUCUUUUUCAAUAUUCUUAGAUCAAUUUACAUACAUACAUAUAUGCUGUUUUCUUGUUUUUUCUUUUUAACUAGCUUAUUGACUCUCCUCUGUUUGUUUACUUUUUCUGGCUAUUCUCAGCCAACCUGCACCUUUCACUUACAGGCACAUCUUCUGCUAUUUACGAAAUCCUAUUCCCUCCCCUUCUCCAACAUCAGUUGUUUUGAGUGUUAAACUAUCAGAUUGAUCAGCAUUGCUUAAGACCUGAAGAAGAGAGGAAAUCUCUCGAAAGCUUGUCUUUGAAAUAGUAUGUUAGUCCAAUAAAAUAGGUAUCAUUGCAUACUGCAAUACUGCAAUACAUUUUGUGAAUGACAGACCAGUUACAGACUUUUGUAAAUGGCACAACUGGGUAUAAAAGCUUCAUUGUCAUCCGAGUGAUGACAAAGGAAAAAAGAAAUGAUUUCAUUUUUGUUUUGGUCCAUUUGUAUUUGACCACAAUAUAUAUGUAUUUUAAAUAUGUUUAAGAGAAUUCUCCAAUAUACUGAUGCACAGCAUCUAUAUAUUAGAGAGAUUUGUAAAAUGUGUUCAAUAUCCAACAGUUAUGAAUAAGUGCUUUUUAUAAUUAAACUAGAAACUGUGGGGCUUAGGUAUAAGGGAAGCUGAUAUAUUUUAGCCUCAGUUUGACAUUCAAUGAAUAACAUACAUUACUCUUCCACUCCACCGAAUGCUCUGCAUUACUGGGGAAAUAUUUAGGAAUGAGACAGUUCAGGAUAGAGAUAGAUAAAUAGAUAGAUAGAUAGAUAGAUUACCCCGCCCUCUACUGCUUACCUUUCAUGACAGUCCAUUGAAUGGUGAACUGAAUCCAUGGUGGUUCGGUGGGGUAGCUCUAUCAUCUGUAUGAAUAUCAGGUGGAGACCAUUUUUAGAGUGCCCUCACAGUUCUGGCACUUCGUUACCUCAAGUAAAUUUUAGAACAUAAAGUUCCUUGUUUAAUAUGUUCCUUUCCUCCCAGGUGAUUGCAGUGCCCACACAUAUAACCAUAACAUCACAAGGCAAGGCUGCUCAGCUACAGUCCAGUUAUCCAAGUGUUCAGGACAUUGCCCAUCCGAAUCAUGGUAA